AUGUCGUCCGUCCAGGCAGAGUUGGAGCAGGCUCUCCAGCAGGGUGUUAAGGAUGGGAAGAUUCCGCAUGCGAUUGUCUAUGCUACGAAUAGAGAUGGCAGCUUCCAGUACCACUACUCGACCGGGUACCAGAACUACGGCAAGGACGACUCGCCAAUCCAGGAGGAUGCUGUGUUGAUGCUGGCCUCGCAGACGAAGCUUUUGACUUCGAUUGCCGCGUUGCAGGUGGUUGAACAGGGAUUCAUUGGGCUUGAUGAUGAUGUUUCGAAGCAUGUUCCUGAGAUGAAGCAGUAUGGCAUCCUGGAAGGGUUUGACGAGAACGACAAACCGAAGUUCAAGGAAGUCACGAAGACCAUCACACUUCGACACCUCCUCACGCAUUCUGCAGGCUUGGCCAUCCCUCUCAUCGCCCCGGAUGUUGUCAAGUAUCUCCAGCAAAAGGGCCAGUGGCAGAAGGGCCAGGAGAACGCCCCCACGAUUCUCCAACGCUUCGACGCCCCUAUGAUCUACGAGCCAGGCGAGAGCUGGAUGUACAGCACGGGCCUCGACUGGACCGGCGUCCUCAUCCACCGCCUCACAGGCCUCGACCUCGAAGGCUGGAUGAAGAAACACACCUUCCCUCCCCUCGGCAUCAAAGGCAUAACCUUCUGGCCCAGCAAAGAUCCCACGCUCAAGGACAAAAUCCCCGUCCUCACGGUCCGCGGGGGCGAUGGCAAACUCGUCCCCAACACCGCGGAUCAUCUCAACACGCACUCGACCGACUGCUUCGGCGGCCACGGCGCCUACGCCCAACUCGGCGACUACAUCAAAGUCCUGCACUCCCUUCUCGCCAACGACAGCAAACUCCUCCAACCCGCCACGGUCGACGCCAUGUUCACGCCGCAGCUCGGCGAAGGCUCCGCCGCGGGCCUGAACGGCUUCGUGCAGGCUUUCUCCACGAUGUUGCCGGGCGAGGUCGCGGAGGGGAUUCCGGCGCAGCAUGGGCUCGGUGGGCCGCUGUGGAUGGAGGACGAUGUGGGGAGGAGGAGUAAGGGCACGAUGCAGUGGGGUGGGCUGGUCAAUCCUUUCUGGGCGAUUGAUCGUGAGGCCGGGAUUGCGUUGACGUUUGGGACGCAGGUUUUGCCGCCGGGGGAUCCCGGGUGUAAGGAGAUGACGGGGAUUUUCGAGAGGGCGGUGUAUAAGAUGGCUGGGGUGGAGAAGUAG